UAAAAUUGGCUUAUCGUAUGAUUAAGUUCGUGUUUUGACAUAAUUUUGUUGUACAUUUUAUUGCAUUUACAGCUAAAGAAAUAUACUAAAUAUGGCUGAUAAAAGUCAAAGCGUUUGUGACAUAAAUGGAUCAAAUUUUAAUUCUGAUUUGUAUUUAAAAAACAUUUUAAAGGAUUAUUCAUUGAAACAAAUAAUUGAUCACGAAGCGGAUAUAGUAAAGGAUACUCAAUCACUACAUUCCGAAAUGCAAACAUUGGUGUACGAGAACUACAAUAAAUUUAUAUCAGCAACAGAUACAAUAAAAAAAAUGAAAACAGAUUUCAAGAAAAUGGAAACAGAAAUGAAUUUGCUUGCAUCUAAUAUGGAUUCAAUUACUUCAUUUAGUGAACAAAUUUCUUACACAUUACAGGACACACGGCAGCAAAUAACAAAACUCUCCGGUGUUCAUUCAUUAUUAAGAAGACUGCAGUUUCUAUUUAAAUUGCCCUCAAAAUUGAAAGAAAAAAUGGAAGAAAAAAAUUACUCAGAGGCUGUGCAAGAUUAUAUGCAAGCACGGAGAGUUCUCGAACAAUAUGGAAAACAUCCAUCAUUUAAAGGUAUUCAAGAGGACUGCGAUGUAAUAAUCGUUUCAUUAAAAUGCCAAUUACACAGUGAAUUUGAGGUGGCACAUAGCACAGUACAGGAACUAGCAACAUCAACUGAACUUUUGUUACAGCUGGGAGAGGAUUGUGAAAUACUAAGCAAAGAAUUUUUGAAGGGAUGUACGAACAGAUUAGGAGAGCAACUAGUUCUCUUACAGGACCAAACAGAAGACAAAGAUAUGUUGGAAUUUGUUGAUCUUGGUUGUGAUGGUUUCAUUUCUGAUUUGUGCUUUGUAGUAACAUCGUAUAUGGAUAUGUUCAAUGAAAGAACAUAUAAUCAGAUAUCCAUCAGCGAUGAAGUUGAAAAUGAGUUAAAUAAUUUGUUGAAAAAGUUUAUAAAUAAAAAUAUGGAAAAAUAUUUAAAUUUGGUACAAGAUCGAGUUGAUAGUGACACUGGAGUAGCUGAUAUAUUAGUCAUGCUGAGGGGUUUAGAUAGAUUUCAUAGAAGAAUUCAAGCUAUGACGUCUAUUUGUAAAGAUUGUAACUUCUUAAGUUUGAGUACUGAUAUAAUUAUCGAUGCAGCUAAUAAACAAUGCAAACAUCAAUUAAAAUCAUUAGAAUUGCAUUUUAACCAAAGCGUAACAUCUAUUAGGCAAACUCUUGCUACAAAUGGAAAUAGUGCUUUUAAAUCUGAUUCUGUUACUCUAGAUGGUAGUUUGAAUGAUUUAAUGUCCAAUCUUGUAUUGACUACCAUUGAAAAAUGCAAGGUUGUGCUUAAAGAUUUGAUGGUAUUUUUACAACCAGAAUUGACAUUUAAUGUUAAAUCUGAAUUUCGAGCGUCCUUAUGCUUUAAUGGCAUAAGAGAAGGUCUUAUUGUAGAAUUUCUACAUUACAUAACGGAAACAGUGAGAGAUUUUUGUUCUCCAAAUAAUACCAGCAAUGUCCCUCCAGAAUUGUUAUUAAUUUUAUGCAAAUUGUGUUUUGAAUUUGAAAACACAGGUGUCCAUACAUUAAUAUCCUUAUGUGAUGAAUGGUAUGAUAUAGAUGCUAUGAAUUAUCCAAAUUUAACUAUUGACACUGAUAUUUGCGCUGACAUGCAUGAUUCUGCUCAAAUCCUCAUAAACGCAUAUGUUAAAAUGCAGGGAUUAAGUAUUUCUCAGAUGCUUAGAAAAAGUGUUGAAACUAGAGAUUGGUUGAAUACUAUUGAGCCUAGAACUGUAAGGGCUGUUAUGAAGAGAGUAGUGGAAGAGCUUGGUCGUUUAGAAAAGCAUUUGUCUGGAAUGUUUGUAGAUGGAGGUACAACCCAAAGCAGUGACAGUAGCAGAAAAACUCACAGUUUCUCAGUAUCUCGACAACAUCUUAGAUCAAGUUGGUCAAGUUUUGGUCCAUCGCAAUUGGAUUCCACUCUUGUCUCUAAUAUUCAUAAACUUUUUUCUGAAAGAAUUGAUAUGUUCACUUCUGUUAGCUUUACCAAAGUAUCAAUUUUAACAGGCAUUAUCAAAAUUAGCCUUAAGACUUUGCUAGAGUGCAUAAGGCUAAGAACAUUCAGUAAAUUUGGCUUGCAGCAAGUUCAAGUUGAUACACAUUAUUUGCAAUUAUACCUAUGGAGAUUUGUAUCUGAUGAAAAUCUUAUACACUUUUUAUUGGAUGAAAUUCUUGGAUCUGCUGUACAUAGGUGUUUGGAGCCCGUGCUUAUGGAACCCAGUAUUGUGGAAAUUAUUUGUGAGAGAAGCUAAUAUUUUAUAGGAAAUAUUCAAUUACUAGUAGCUUAAAA